AUGGCCCUCGCUGAACACCUCACGUUCGCCACCGCCGAACCCGCGCACUCGGCCGUCCUCGACGGCUCCUCCGGAAAGCCGCUCUACGACAUCCGGACCUCCUUCCUUCACAACGCUCCAGGCCCCCGUCUCGCCACCGCCGUGCACGACGUCGAUGGGCACACGACCGCGCUCUGGCUGCAUCGCUCUCCCGGCGCAGAAGUGGGCGCGGAGCCGGACGCGGUCCUCGUCCGCGGCGCAAAACCGACUCUGCUGGUGGACUGGCUACGCGCAGGCAAAGGGUCGCACCACCCGUGGCAGUUCCGCGCGCCGGACGGGCGCACGUAUGCGUGGAAGGAGCAGAGGUUCGGGACAUCCCUGAAGCUCGUCGACGUCGAGAACGGGAAGACGGUCGCACGCUCGCACCACAGCAAGGUGGGCUUAGACUACGACCCCACGCUGCGUCCGGUGCUCGACGUCGUCCUACUGGCGUACGUCGUGUGCGAGGAGCGCAGGAGCGCCGCGGCAUCGCAAGACUCGUUUCGCUCCAGUGUGGAUGCCCAUGCGAGCGCGCGUGGCCCCAUUCCAUUUCCCCUCUGA